AUGGCUCAAUGGAUCCCGAAGACAGCAUGGAGGGUGUCAAAUCUCAACAAGCGGUACGGUCCCUCAUACAUCACUUCUGGAGAUGUUCCACUUAGUACGUUUGGCCGUGCACCGAUUGUUUACGAUGCGACGAUGUUAAAAAAGAAGCUCUCCUGUGCGGAGGGUCUUGUGAUGAUUGAUGUGCGCGAUGCGCUGGAACAACAACGCUAUCCCGUUCCGUGCGCCGUUGCGCUUCAUCAUCAUGAUUUGCUUUCUGGGGCAGCGUGUCCAAUUCUUCCGAGGGAAAAAGAGUCGUCAGAACUUUUCAUCAUAGCAUCAAAUCUUCAGAGAGGCGUGAACAGUUCCACCGCAUUGCAACGCUGGGGUUACAGCAAUGUUUUUCUUGUUGACUACGAGUCUCUAGUGGAAGCUGGCUGCAUAGGCGAUGCAGAGGAUGACGAGAAAAUGAAAACAGUGGCAACAACACCUUAG